AUGUCUUACCUCAUCCUCCAGUUGGACUUCUGGAAACAACCUUCUCACGGCAACCAAAGCGUCGACGUCCAUGUGCCCAGGGACGACCUUCCUGCUAUUCUAGACCUUCUCCAGCGGCAUAGCAUUUCUUACCACACCAUGGUAGACAACGUCCGUCAGGCGGUGGAGAAACACAUGGAGGACAACCACAGGGCAAGGGCGCGAACUGCUGGGCAGCCGGCCAGGGUCGACAACUUCGACUUCAGCGUCUAUCACGAGUGGAACGAGAUUGACGAUUUUAUAACGGAUGUGGAGCAGACAUAUCCACAAAUCGCGUCUCUGUUCAGCGCAGCAACUACAUUUGAAGGACGACAAAUAAAAACUCUCAAGCUUGGAAAGCCGUCCACUUCCGGUGAGACCAAACCUGCGAUCUGGAUCGACGCCGCGAUCCACUGUCGGGAGUGGAUCUCACCCGCCACGGUCCUGUACGCCAUAGACAAGUUUACCCGUCUGUACGGCUCCGACCCGACUGUCACACGACUGCUGGACGAACUCGACUGGUACUUCACUCCUGUCUUCAACAUAGACGGCUACAUCUACACCUGGGCGGCACCCGAGAACCGACUAUGGCGGAAGAAUCGAUCCACCCAGCCGGGACCAUGUGUCGGGGUGGACCUGAAUAGAAACUGGGACGACCACUUUGCUGAAACGGGCGCUAGUCCGGACCCAUGUUCGAACAUCUACCACGGCACGGCGCCUUUCUCUGAACCGGAAACACAAGGCAUUUCCGACUUUGUCCUGAACCACCCGGAAAUCAAGGUGUACCUGGCCAUGCACUCCUACAGCCAACUGUGGAUCAGCCCCUGGGGGUACGACUACGCACGGCCGCCUCACUACCACCUACAGAAUGCCAUGGCUAUAGCAGCGGAGAGCGCCAGCAGAGCAGUACAUGGAGAGCAGUACAGGGUCGGACGCUCCAUUGAAAUUCUCUACGCUGUGUCUGGAGGUGCCCGGGACUGGGCCUAUGACAAGGCGGGAGUGAUCUACAGCUACACCGUGGAGCUGCGCGACACCGGGUUUUACGGAUUCCUACUUCCACCCGACCAGAUCAUACCCACGGCUGAGGAAACCUUCCCGGCAUACCUUGCGGUUGGGCAGUGGAUCUUGGACCACCCAUACUAAGCAGGGUCAAUCUCACAGAACACCAAUGUUUUAUUUUCCUGCAU